AGCAGCACUGUUGACUCGCUUACUUGCCAGUGGCUGAACUGUGGUGAGCGUCAUCAGACUGCUGAGGCACUCUACGAGCACGUCUGUGAGCGUCACGUCGGUCGCAAGAGCACAAACAACCUCAACCUGACCUGUCACUGGGGCUCUUGCCGCGUCACAACCGUCAAGCGCGAUCACAUCACAUCUCACAUCCGCGUCCAUGUCCCACUCAAGCCUCAUAAGUGCGACUUCUGUGGCAAGGCUUUCAAGAGACCUCAGGAUCUCAAGAAGCACGUCAAGACUCACGCCGAUGACUCAGUCCUCCUCCGCUCUCCUGACCCGAACAUGGGCCAGAGCAGAGGCCCUGGCAAUAACUACCAACAAGCACAACCUUCCAACGGCUACUACAGUCAUGACUUGGGAGCCUCCAGUGGUUACCCUCACCCCAGCCACGGCUUGAACAACAACAACUUCUUCCAGCAGCCUCAACAGCAGCCCCAGUAUGCCGGCUAUGGCCAGGUCAACUACCCCGCCAGCAACAGCCUUGCCGACAUUCAGAGCAUGGAUACUCGCCGCCGCGCCAUCGAAGCUCUUAACGACUUCCUCGGUGACAUCAAGCGUCGCGCCAUCGACCCUGGCAACUACUACGAUGUUGGUCAGCGUCUCCAGUCUGCCAACCUGCCGCUCCCUAUCAGCACCGGCUACGGAUACUCGACUGGCAACAACUACUCGAGCAACAACAGCUCGUCAUACAACACUGCCAGCUCGUUGCUUGAUAGCUUCAACAACUCUGGCAACUUGGGCAUGUCUAGCAGCAACGGUGGCAGCAUGUCUCAAGGCCCUCUUACCCAGUCAUACUCGCUGCCUCUGCCUUCUAACGCCCGUACCAAGCAAGACCUGGUUGAGAUUGAUAAGUUCCUCGAGCAGCUUCAAGCCACCGUCUACGAAAGCAGCAACAGUGCCGCUGCCGCCGGCGUCCAACAACCUGGAUCGCAUGCUCAGUACACCAACUACCCCAGCUUCGGCAGCCAGUACCGCAGUAGCGAUAGCCCUCCUAACAUGCAACACUCUGGCUCCGUCUCUACACCUGGAGUCGGUUCGCUCUCCAACAUCAACUCCGGCAGUGCCAUGGAGACUCCUGCCCUCACCCCUGCUUCCGUGUCAUCCUACACCUCUGCUGGCCAGUCCCCCAUGUCUACCCACUCUCGCUCUAGCAUGAGCAGUGCUCACGGUAGCUCCAUGUACCCUAGCCUCCCAUCCGUCACUGCCAUCUCUGACAUGGGUGCUGGUUACCCUGCAACCACUUCUGCUCCUGCAUCCGGUCUUGCAUCUGGAUUCGAGGGCUUCGAAGGUCGCCGCUACAGUGGUGGUCGUCUCCAGCGCGAGGCUCCUGCUCCUCGUCCUCACGACAUGGACUCUGAUGCCAUGGAGACCGAGUCCGAGGGUGCCAAGACUCCCCGUGCCAAGCAACCUGAAGACUCGUCCUCUCUUGAUCCCGCUCUCCGUGCUGCCUCUCAAUCAUCGACUGCUGUCCAGAGCCCUAGCACUGGUAACGGCAGUGAUUCUGACGAGAAGCAAGCCACUUGGGUCGAGAACGUCAGAGUCAUUGAGGCUCUCCGCAGAUGGGUCAGUGAGAGAAUUAACAACCAAGAAUUCGAAACCGAUCCCGAAUAUCCUGAACCUCAACACGUUGAUCACGACAUG